AGCGAACUAGAGAGAGAGAGAGAGAGAUUGUAUUAGUAGUUGUUAUUAGUGUUGUGUUGUGCUGUGGUGUGGUGUGGUGGAGGAGGAAUACACGAAGCAUAGGCAAUGAAAUGAGGCGUUUUGACUGACCUUCUUGGAUCUGAUCGAAUCCAAACCCAAACCCUAAUCUAAUCCCAAAAAGCUUAUUAGUCUCUCUCGAUCAAUCGAACCAGCGAGCAAGAUUGUCUCUCUCCUAGGCCAUGCGACCACCCUGUUCCUCCGCCAUCGCCCUCUCCAGAGAGGUUUCCUUUUUCGUUUUCGCCGAUUUCUCCAUCGAUUCCGCCAGCCAUGACUGCCGACACCCACGCCGCUCCUAAUAUCAAUCCCAAGGGCCUCCUCUGCAAUGCCGCCGCCGGUGCUUCCGCCGGGGUUAUUGCUGCUACAUUUGUGUGUCCUUUAGAUGUCAUCAAAACUAGGUUUCAGGUUCACGGUGUCCCGCAGCUCGCGCAUCGAAGUGCUAAAGGCAGCAUAAUAGUUGCUAGUUUGGAACAAGUGUUUCACAAGGAGGGAUUACGUGGCAUGUACCGUGGACUCGCGCCCACUGUGCUGGCUUUACUUCCAAAUUGGGCGGUUUAUUUUAGUGCAUAUGAGCAGCUUAAGAGCCUUCUUCAGUCUGAUGAUAGCCAUCAUCUUUCAAUUGGAGCUAAUAUGAUAGCUGCUUCUGGUGCUGGAGCUGCGACUACCAUGUUUACAAAUCCCCUUUGGGUUGUCAAGACUAGACUCCAAACACAGGGAAUGAGACCUGGUGUUGUGCCAUAUAGGGGCACACUAUCUGCAUUGAGGAGAAUUGCACACGAGGAGGGCAUUCGAGGGCUGUACAGUGGCCUUGUUCCUGCUCUGGCUGGUAUCAGUCAUGUUGCCAUCCAAUUUCCUACAUAUGAGACAAUAAAAUUUUAUUUGGCAAAUCAAGAUGACACAGCAAUGGAAAAACUUGGUGCACGUGAUGUUGCAAUUGCAUCAUCAGUUUCCAAAAUUUUUGCAUCCACGUUGACAUAUCCUCAUGAGGUUGUACGUUCCAGACUGCAAGAACAAGGGCAUCAUUCGGAGAAACGGUACUCUGGUGUGAUUGAUUGUAUUAGAAAGGUUUUUCAUCAAGAAGGUGUAUCAGGCUUUUACCGAGGCUGUGCCACCAAUCUUCUGAGGACAACGCCAGCUGCUGUGAUUACAUUCACCAGCUUUGAAAUGAUACACCGAUUUCUUGUUUCUUAUUUUCCUUCUGAUCCACGGCCUCAUAUUUUGUGACGAUUGAUCUUGGUGUAAUCUGUCUUCUGUAGCAGUUAGAUUCCAAUACAUAAGCUAGUCCAGCUGAGUAAUCCUUCUCUUGGCGAUGCAGAUAUCAUUCUUUGUGAUUUGGUUGCUUAUGUAUGGUAGAGCCCCAUUAUAUUCUAUCCUGGCAACCUCAAUUGAGCCCGGUUUCCCUGGUCAAACUUGUAGAUUUGAGUGAUAACGACGAUAAAGAUGAUAAAGUGAUACGAGAUGUCCUCUGCUUGCUUAUUUUAUUUUGAAACUGCCGAAUCCUUUAAAACAUAUCCAGCACGAUCUGGAUUUGCUGUAUUGAUGAGAAUCAUGCAAUCAGCGAAUCUAAAUCGUUAGACGAAGAUAAGACAGUUUAUAUUUUGUUUUGGUAAAUUGGACAUGGAGAACACAUUUAAGAUUUGCGC